AUGCCCUCCGGCGGCUCUCUGGGCACGCUGCGGCCCGUAGCCGUCCUCCACGACCCCGAGCAUGUUCACUGCGGCCCAGAGGACCCGGUUCAGGGCUAUGUAGAACUCAGCUACAUCCCGAGCCGGCACGUGGCGCACGACACGGAGCUCUUUGGCCCGUGCAGGAUCUUUCUCACGCUGCGCGGCCGGCUUAAGGUCACGGUCGAGCUGGGCCGCCGCCACGGCACGCAGUCUUUGAGCGACCGUACACGCCGCGCCCGCGUCCCGCUCUUCUCGACGCCCGAGAUGCUCGUCCACGACGGCCCUGUACAGCUCAGCGCCAGCCAGCCCAGAAACUACACUUUCUCCCUGUCCUUUCCCGCUGAUGCGACGAUCCCGGACCAUGUUGUCGCCAUGUGCGCGCCAUGGGAUCCCUCCGACGACAUGUUCAGCAUGGCCCCCCGGCAGCCGCUCCCGCCGAGCAUGAACAUGCAGCGGGACGAGAUCGCGGGGUUUCCGGACCACGUGGGCGUGCAGUACGAGCUCGCGACGCGCCUCGAGAUGCCCGGGAUCAACGUCGAGUUCAGUUACGACCUGAUCGACUCCGGGUUGAACAACAAACUUGCACGGGUUGAUGGCGGCGUGUCGGCGUGGCGAGGGACCAAAGUGCUUUACGAGCGGCCGCGCGUGGCCAGGCCAGUGCCGCUCGAUUUGAAGCAUGGCACGGGCUGGCUGCUCGUCAAGGACCGGGACCUGGUGCACGCUUGUGAUGCUGGCGACUCCGCCAAUGGGGAAGGAGGAGGAGGAUUCCGGGCAAAGGCGUCGGCCCUGCUCAAGGGGUCCCUGGCUUGGCGGCCAUUGUGUGUCAUCGGAUGGCAGAUCAGUUGCGCCAAGGAUGUCCACAGUGGUCAGCCCCUGCUCGUACAGGUCCGCGUGCAGCCGUCAGAGAGCAAGUCGACUACGCCGGUGAUGCCGGCCGUCGAGCUUGUCAAGGUUACCGUGGCAGUGGAGACGCGAGUGCAGGCCAGAGUAUUCGCUGAAGCUCGCGGACAGCUCGAGUUCGACAAAAACGAGCCCGGCCCUGAGGAAACUGUCGUCGUCACUUUGGGCAAAACGCAGGCAAAGAAGCCAAGUCCAGCAAACGACAAGGAAGUUGGUGGGAAUGCCGACGUGGAAAGGGCAGGUGACAACGGACUAUUCAGCGCAGCCAAUGACUGGACACAAAUGCUGACGUUCCCGACAAUCACCAAAGAUCUCGGCAGCUCUUUCACGGCGCCCUGUAUCCGGCGGACGUACAUGUUCAGGGUCAAGAGCCUCGUGCGUAUCGCCGGGCUCGACCGCCAGGAGCAGUUCGAGCAGCCAUUCACAAUCACGGUCCAUCCGCCCUUGUCGGGGCAUAGUAGUGCUACAGCCAGCACCUCGAGGAUGGCGCACGAUGGGAUCGGUAAUCAUGCGACUGGAGAGAACAGGGCGGAGACUCUGCCGCAAUAUGAGCCAUAGAGCCUCUGCCAAUUCUAAGUUUCCUCGCUCAAUCCCGAACAAUCCUUAGCAUACAAGCAAGAAGUGGCGAUUGUAUAUAAUGAAGUCAGAUUAGUUGGUGUGGCAGAUGUGCUGGGUCGUUGCCUGCGUAUAAGAUCUGCUCGAUAGGGAAAACCUAGCACUCACAUAUCGGCGGUCAUGUCUCGGCAGCGAAUACAGAUAGAUGCCCGUG